CAUGAAAGAAGCAGAACCAGAGCAGGAGUAAACACAGGUAGAGACGUGUGUGAGCACAGUCUGGGGGGAAACCAAGAGGCUGGCAUCUUACUUCAGAGGUUGACUUCUGGCCUCACUCCAUCAUGAUGGGAUUCUCUGUUCAGUUUGCCUGCUGGUUGCUGGUAGUUUUUGCUCUAGGUGAGAACCACCUGGUGAGUGGAGGUUGUUCAGGGAAGUGCUGCAGAGGCAGAGACACAAACUGUUUGACCACUGACUGGAGGAUGGACCGUGUGCACGGCACAUGCUACUGUGAUGAAGGCUGCGUCAGAACUAAAGACUGCUGCUUUGACUACUUCACAGAGUGUCCAGCUCAGGACUGUGUUGUGAGCGACUGGAGCUUUUGGAGCGGCUGUGCCAAACCCUGCCAGCCUUCGGUGCGAAUCCGUGUUCGUCACAUAGAGCAGCAGCCCCACAACAGUGGCCAGCCCUGCCCCGGCCUUGAGCAACGAGCUGGCUGCAGGGAAUACAGAGACCACCUGGGUAGACACUGUGGCUUCAAUUCAGGUCCUGCAUUCAUCACCAGCAUGGCGUUUGCCAAGGGAAGGCCCAAGCACGACAGCUACGGAAACCCCCUAAACCCUGGGUUUUGUGUGGAAUUCAAGCUAGAGUCACGGACGCCCCACUGCACUGUGGAGAACCGGCCUCACACACUGUGGAUGCGCUACAUAACAGAGGGCUUUAACGUGUGUGUGGCAUGUGAACCUCCUGCCAUGCGAAACAAUACCAGCAGCUGCCAGGGAGACGGUCAGGAAUCAGACAAGGAGACUGUGCUCCACUGGCAGGCGGUGGGGAACCCACAGUGCAGCGGGACUUGGAAGAAGAUCCAGAAAACUCAGCGGUGCGCCUGUCCGCCACAACACAGUUUUGUCUUCAUCUGAUAUUGGAUUUCACGUGAACAUCUAAAAACCAAUCAUCAGUGGGCAGCCUCAACACAUCGUCUCUCUAUCAACACUAAGAGGAGGCCUAAUUUUGCAGAUAUGUCUUUUAAUAUGGUCCAGAUCAGUGUAAAGUAUUUUUAAAUAGCAGAUUUUCAUACACAUUAAAAUAGAAAGACACUUGUACAGCAUUCCACCUUUUCCUCACACACAUUAAGCACACUUCCUUUUAUUUUGGUUAUAAAACAAUGCUAUUGUACGCAAAUGUCUUGUCUUACACCUUAUUUAUCUAAAAAACAAACAAACGUGGCCUUAAAUAUAAAAAACUAAAAACUUUUACAUCGUUUCCUGUGAUUGCUCUCUGGUGGUAUGACUGGGUGCACACAGCAGCAGCAAAGCACAUACACUGACACGGUUAAGCUUUAGCUGGUCAGCUAAAAAAGACUAAAUGAGUGAAAUAUGCUCAGAGCAUUGUCACAUUGUUACACAUCGUCAAAU